AUGAAGUACCUCACCUGGCCUCCAGCUGCCACCCAGAAGACUGGGAACCCCUGUAAACCGCCUGCUCUACCUGCCAGUGCCCCAUGUAGGAGACCGGAAGAGUUAAAUGCCUCACACAUCGUGGUGGGGCAAGUUCUGCCUAAGGACAAACGAACUCUGCAUAACAACGAACCCGGCCUGGCAAGGAACCGCAGGCGAGAAGCGGCCGACCAGCCCGGUCAGCCCGGCUCAGCCCCCUCAGCAGCCCGCGGCGGGAGGCCGGGCCGUGCCGCGCGGUGCCCGAGGGUGCGCAGCUCCCGCUCCGCACCCGCUGUCCGGACGUGCCGAGCGGGGCAGCUCACCGGCCGCGGCCGGAGACCGAACCGCCCUCGGCUCUGCGCGGGAGGGGACGCCACCCCCAAACGGCCCGCCGACCCCUUUCCCGAAGGUUCUGGAAGCACGAACCGCCCGUGA